AUGGAAUGGUUAAAAAGACUUGGUAUUAAACAUUUUAGAGGAAUAUUUAGUCGCGAUGGACUACCUCAUAAGAUAAAAAAAGAAUGUGGAAUAAUUAAUCUAGAUGAUAUAACAGGUCCUGGAACACAUUGGGUUUGUUAUAGAAAUAUAGACAAUGUAGUUGAGUACUUCGAUCCAUUUGGACUGAUAAUGCCAAAUGAAGCAUUGAAGUAUUUUCAUACUUCUGGAAAACGUAUAGUUUACUCAAUGGAUGAAAUACAAAAUCGCAGUACUGUUCUCUGUGGUUAUUGGUGUUUAUAUUAUCUGUUUGAGCGACAAAAAGGUAAUAGUAUUCUAGACGUAAUACAUCACCCACAUUUUGAUGAUGACAAUAGUGAUUUCAUAAAAGCAUAUUUCGGGAAAACCCCUAAAGUUUAA